CAGAAAUGCAAAUAACAGUCGAGUAUAUAAGUGUAAGAAGUGCCAUACGUACAUACAUAUGUAUUUCGCGCUAUAUUUGCAUGCCUGAAAAACGCAAUUCCAAUUCUCCGAUUUUAUUUUUUUACAGUAAAUUUUCAAAAAAUUCUUAACUCUACCAACAUCGUCAUCCGCAAUCGUAUUGCAUGUCAUUUAUUCGGAACUUUUUACAUUUUCCAAACGUUGCCUCGUGUUACUCGAUACUUGGUAACAUUUCAACGAAAGUAUUAAAUUACUGAAAAGUUGACGGGAAGGCAGACAUGAAACAAAUGCACGUAAAUCAAUGUGUAAAAAGAUACGUUUGCCUUAGGGGUAUCUAUGUGUUUACGUGUUUGUGUAUGCGUGUUUGGUGUAGAUGAAUUUAUAUAAUGAUGCCACAGUCGUACUCAAGGAGAAUAUAUUUACAUAUAUGUACAUACAUAUGGAUGUGUGAAGAAUUACCAAUAAUUCACAAACAUAUUCGAAAUUAAUUUGUGAUUAAAAAAUAGUUAAGGAGUUCGAAACAAAGAUAUGCAAAAUUAAAAAAAUUUUAUAUAUGUACUUAUGUGAUUUAACGACAAUUACUUAUGUAACACAAUAGAUUUUAUUUAUUAUAUUAAAAUCAAAUGAAAACUAAGAGUGAAUUAAUUUUUUUUUUGCUUAAAUUGUUUACAUUGCUCAUUGCAAUAAAUCAACGCCUUAAACCAAUUAAUCUUUCUCGUUCGUUACAGUAAAUUUUAAAACCCUUGCAAUGUAAAGUUGUAAAAAGUGAGAAAAUUAUAAGAAAAAAAAAUCAUACAAAAAAAACACUCUAUAUUUGUUUGCUAUAAUAAAAGCAUGUCCAAGAAAUCCUUACCUUUGUGUGUUGGUACGAAAAUAAAAGCAAAAACUGCGUCUAUAGAGAAAAUACAUACUACAGCAACAGCAACAACAACAACAACAACAGCAACAAGUGACAUAGCUAAAAGUUCGAAUUUGACCGGCGAUAUUAGUACCACAACAACAAUGCAGGCGGUGAAAAUAAAAAAGGAGCUACCCAGCGAUGAGAUAAAGGAAUUCGCCGAGAACACAAUGAACGAACUGCUGGGCUGGUACGGGUUCGAUGGUGUGGAUCGUCUGGAUUUAUCGACAAAAACAAGCCGUCUACUGCAAUCAGCUGCCGUGGCACAAGCCAAUAAUGCUGCCCUUACUGCUGCUAAUAGCAACAACUCCAGUUCCAGCAACAAUGCAUUAAGUCAACAGCAGCGUCAUUGCAUGGAGAAACGGCGAAGUAGAAGUCGAGCAGCUUCUUUGUUGCAAUUACAGCAACAGAAUGAACAUAUGCGUAAUAUUUUAAAUAACAACAACAACAGCAAUAAUAAUAACAGCAACGGCAGUAGUACCAAUAAUACGAGCAACAAAAAUAACAACAGUAAAAAGAAUUCAUUCAACUGUGGUGGUGGUGGCGGCAGCACUAGCGGCGUAAAUCAUCGCACCGGCAACAGAGGCAACGCAAGCAUCGGCGCUGGCUUGGGCAGUGGUGUUGGCGGCGGAGAAAGCACAACAUCGGAUCAUGACACGCGUAGCUCCCGCGAAGAGGACUCCAAGAGUCCGAUUUCAGCGGGGAAAAGUACGAUAUUGGAGGAGAAAAUUGAUCUCCAAAACUGCUGUUGGUGUCGACGCCCAGUGCCCGAGAAUGCACCCGAAUUUCUUACAACCUCGGAUGGACCGCGCUACUGCUCCGAGUCCUGCUUCACACAAUCGCGCCGCGCGUCCUUCAAGAAGGCGAAAACUUGUGAUUGGUGUAAACACGUGCGGCACGCCAUCAGCUAUGUGGACUUUCAGGAUGGCGCCUCGCAAUUGCAGUUUUGCUCGGAUAAAUGCUUGAACCAGUAUAAAAUGCAAAUCUUCUGCAAAGAGACACAGGCGCAUUUGGAUAUGAAUCCGCAUCUGCGUGAACAAGGUCUGGAAGCGGUUGCAUCUGGUAAUGGCGCUGGUCUCAUUACACCAGACCUGUGGUUGCGUAAUUGUCGCAGUCGGUCUGCUUCACCAGCGUCCACAAUAUCCGUUUCGCCAGGACCUCAAACUGGCGCUGUAGUCACGCACAAUAGUACGGCUGGUAUAGGUACUGGCUCCUCAUCAUCACCAGCUUCAUCGGCUGCGUCGAAUUUGGGUACGUCAACUAUGCCUCCACACAAACCAAUGAUCUCUGUAGCGCCCGCCUCGAAACUCAUGUCAAAGAAUGUUGGCAUGUUGAGCUCGUCCCCUAUGUCGACCACGACGAAUCGUGUCUCACCGAAACACAAUCGUAAGAAGCGUCCGUUGCGUUCUAGUUUGAGCAGUAACACCAGCGCACAAGUGGAUAUGUCUGCGCCUUGCUUGAAAGGUGUCUUGACACGCGAAAGCAGCGGUCUAACCGGUUCAACCUCCUCGAACGCAUCCACACUAAUUGGCAAAGGAAAGUCAUUGUUAGGCAGCAACCCGAGCAACAGUAUGCGCACAAGUCCUGGUGUUCAUUUAGUCGGCGCUGGCGCCAGUUGUAGCAGCGCAAAGGUAGGCGCGUCUGCCUUGAGUCAAUUUGCCGGUUCCAGCGUGCAAGAUCUCCACAUGAGUGUACCACCAUUGUCGCCAAUGUUGGAGCAACAAACUGCACCUCAUGUGAUGCCGCCACAUGCGCUUAAUGCAGGUGGACUCGGAGCUACGAGUAUACCGCCCGCUUUCUUUGCUACUCCUACAGGUGUUCAACCACCGAAUGGCGCUGUACCACGUCAACAAAUGCCGCACGGCGCUUUUCCACCUCAUCCCGCGUCUUUUCUACAGAAUGCAGGUGCACCUAAUGCGGCUGGAAUGCUGCCGCGAUUUUUCGGCACCGGCGGGUUUCCAACAUUUCCAUUGCCGCCACACGUAGUGCAAACGCCGCCAGAUUUGAUGGGCGGCUUGGGGCUUGGCGCCAUUCUAGGUGCACCACCGCCUGUUACAGUAAUGGUUCCAUACCCUAUAGUUAUACCGCUGCCCAUACCCAUACCAGUACCGCUGCCCGUGAUGGAUUUUUACAAAGCAUACCUACCGCCCGACGAGCGCAAUAAACUUAACGAGAAAGAGGCGAUUGAUGCAAAGGAGGCUGGUUUGGGCACAAGCACGAUAUGUGAGGUAACGACAGAUAAAUUGGUAAUGGAAAAUGCUGAACGUGAACAAAAACUUGAAGUGGGCGAGGAAACUGUUAGCGAAGAGCCAUUGGAUUUCACGAAAACCAAAGACUUGACGCAACCAAAAUCUAUUGAGGAUCAACAAGAAGAUGUAGCUUCAUCUUCAGUGCACCCACUCGAGGUCACCCAAACCCAAUCCAAACUUAAACGCGCUUUGUCCAACGAGCACUUAACGACAAGAACCACGUUGUCACCAACAACAUCAGUUACGCCCACAAAGGCCACCGCCGUAACACCCUCCACAGAUCGAUCCUCUUGCUCACCAGCUACGCCAUCGAAAGCCACACAUUGCAUUGUACGCUCAGACGAGACCGAAACAAGAAGACGCGACAUCAACGCAGAAGCAGAAGAUGCAGCUAGCUCUGGCGGUGACUACGACGGACAAAAACUACCCAAGUUCAAGAUAACCCGCCUUCAAACGAAGCGCACGCUGAUACAAACCAAAGAAUCACCAACUACGCCCACCACAGCUUCAGCUGAAUGUAGUCGACCUUUACGCAAGCGGAAACGUAUAAUCGAUUGCGAUUUCCAAAAGUUAGCUUUGAGGGAAGCGGCUGCUCUGGAAGUCGUUGGCGAUGGUGAAGAGAGCGCCGACAUGCAUAAUGUGGACGCUGAUGCGAAAGCAACAACAAUCAGUGUAGUAACUUUAGCGUGCAAUAGUAAUACUAAAGCGCAAGGCAAAAAGUAGAGACGUAUGGGAAUAAAACUAGAAUUUAAAAUUUAGCUUACAAUAAUUUUAUGUUAAACUUUAGAUGGAAAAAUAGGUUAAAUGCACGUUAUGACUUCUGCAAAUGUGUAAAAAUUUUAAAUAUUUUGACUAGAAAAAUAUAAUCUCAUAUGUCGAAGAAGAUGUAAAAGUUGCUUAAAGCUUAGUUACGCUCAUGUUGUGCUACUUGUAAUUUAGUAUAUUAGUCUAAAAGGUUCGUACCGCAUAAUUUUACAUUAAGUGUGAAUUCAAAAAUCCUUUCGAAAAUAAAAAAAAAAUGCUUUUUCAUAACCUCGUUUUUUUCUGCCCUUUCCAAAUGGAGUCUGUAAGGGAUGGAAUUUACCGAAAUUUGUUGUCUGACAUUACCGCGCUAUUCGCUGCUAUUGAACCAAUUUCGUCCUUUCAGGGAGCUUUGAGCCGACGAGGGACAGAACUUUUGAAUCGCGAUAAGUUGGACAA